ACGAACUGCCCUGUGUUUGUUCUAUCGAUCCUUUCAUCUCUUCUGCCGAUCAAGGGCUUCCCCGGAUUGGCAGAGGAAGUGCUUCCCCUUGCCGUUCGUCAAGGUCAAGCCUUACACUCAGGAGGAUCAUCGGCCAUAUCACCCAUUUUUCAGGGUUUGCCAGCGCAAAAACAUCAGGUGCAUCGCCACCACGAGAAGAGCACUGGAGUUUCCGGGGUCAUCGCCAGGACCAGUCGUCCUGGUGAGCAGAUAGGCAGCCGCCUGGGGUCAUGACCCCUCCUCGAAAUAAGUGCAUCGUGAGUUCCAUUAUAAGAGUAUGGACCUUGCCCACCCCUAUAAGCUUCUGCACCUCCAACUCCUCUCGAUCAAUCCCACACUCUCGUUAAGUUACGCUUACACACUCGUUUGUUCUACAAAAUAUACCCGGUGUAAUCAAGAUGCUCUUCAGCACAUUCGCUAUCUCGUCGGUGUUCGUUGCCUCUGCUGUCGCAGCAGCAGAGCCGGCACCAUACAAGCUUGGAAAGAUGAGCAUGAACCAGGCCUUCGGGCUCAUGAGACGACAAGCAGGAUACCAACCAGGACAAACAAUCUGCGGUCCAGGAGCAGACUGUGCUUCAUCCUGCGGAGCAGGCUAUUCCGAAUGCGCUAGCUCCGAUGGAGACCUCCACUGCUACAACCCGACCGUCCAGCAGACUUGCUGUCCUGACGGUACUGGAAACAGUUGCGAUGUUGGAUUCUUCUGUACUUCGGAUGCUGAAGGAGGAACUUGGUGCUGUCCUGAUGGAAUGUCCCUCGCUGCCUGCGCUGCCGCAUACAGUUUGACGGGAACUCUUGUCUCCGAGACUGCAUCAAACCCAGCAUCCACUCCAUCAAGCUAUCCAGCAUCGGUGACAGCUUCUGUAAGCGGAUACCCAACAACCACAACGGCAGAGGAGACCUACAUGACCACCACGACAUCGUGCUCUUCAAGCAGCAGCAAAGCCCUCUACACGACAUCAUACUCAUACUCGAACAUCACGGUCUCGACGACGACUUCUGCUCUUCCUACUCAAUUCACGGGUGGUGCUGCUCACCUUGGAUUCCCAGCGUUAGCACUUGCUGCUGCUGGUGCUGUUUUGGCUCUGUAAGGGAGCAUUGCGUAGGGAUGAGGAAUCUUGGGCGUUGGGGCAAUUAUGACGAGUGAUAUUGAAAGCGAAAUCACGCUUCUUGUACACUGUAAUUUUUCAAUGAAAGAAUGGAACCACGGGAUUAACCCAUUCACGUGAC